AUGAAGUCAAGCAAGUACAUACCAAAGAACGAAGAUGUGUACAUAGAUAUAUCUGACCAACGGUAUCAAAAACAGACAUCUUUAGCUCGAAACAAGAAGCGACGAGAUCGACUUGAAAAAAUUCAUUUAUUCGAUUGUCAAGAACGUCAAACUAAAGCACAGAAACGAAGGGAUCUGAACGCAGAAUGCCACUCUAAUUAUUCAAUGCAAGUAUGUGAUCGAUUUACUUGUAGCGAUGAUCGUAGUGAAGAUUACGCCGUAAAGUUUCUAAACAAAUAUCGUCAUUUGAACACAAGAUUAUUGAAAAUUGAAGCACUAUAUGUUAUUAGACAUAAUGAUACAGGUUUCCUGGAUUUUAUUUUAAGACAUCCAAGAAUGGAACAUCAAGCACAUGAAUAUAAAGGUUAUCGUCGACACACAAUAUUAACUUAUGCAAUCUGCCUUCGAAAGUCGGAAUGUGUUCAAGUGAUACUAGAACAUGUUUUUAUGAGACAAACUUAUUCUACAAUAAUAGAUUAUGUCUGUACGAAUGGACGAACCGCACUUUGGUAUGCCUGUCAAAAUGGAGAUUUCGAUCUUGUGCGAGCAUUGGUUGAACGGGGCUACGCGACAGUUAAUAAAUGUGGAGUGUUAAUCGUCGCCAGUCAAAAUGGUCAUAGGAAAAUUGUUGAUUAUCUUCUACGUAAAGGAUGUGAUCCAAAUCGACAAGCGAAGAAUUAUAAUGAAACAGCGUUACAUGCAGCCUCACGUCGAAAUCAUGCUGAGAUAGUUCAAAAACUCUUGGCAUACGGUGCGAACGCAAACGCAUUCGAUUAUAUGAAACGAACUGCUAUAGAUUAUGCUAUUCAUAAGAGACAUAAUGAAGUAGCGAAAAUUCUUAUUCGCCAUCAAAAUGGACAUUUUAUUAUGAGUCGAACCGGUUUUACACCAUUGAUGUUGGCUACUUAUCGUAAUAAUCAGGCGAUCGUGGAUAUACUUACGGAUGUUAUAUCAAAUGAACAAGUGCUCGAUGAAAUGACAUUGCUUGCCUGUAAUUACAUUAUUGAUGGAGAUGGGAGAAAAAGCGAUGUGGCUUAUUGUUAUUUUGAAAAAGCGCUGAGUAGAAACCAAUGCUCUAAGAUAGAAACUUCUGCUCCUUGUGAAGCUUAUGAAUUUCUUCACGAAUGUCGGACACUCGAUGAACUGGCUUCCAUUCGAGACAAUGAGAACAAGUUCCGUAUGUAUGCAUUAAUGGUCGGUGAACGACUUCUAUUAAAAAUGAAUGGGAUCAAUCAUUUUCUUACACUUCUUAUAAAGCAGAGCAACGUAUAUAAGCGUCAAAAGAUGUUACGCCGUAGUCUUCAACUGCGAUUGCACGGUUAUCGGUUGAUAAUGAAAUUUAACCAAUGCACUCACAAAAAAUAUCUCUCUGAAUUGAUUGAUCUUUUGUACGAUAUAUUGGAGAACAAGGAAGACAUCUCGAUUCAAUCAUUAACGAUCAUUUGGAUGGGAAUAUUGAAUGAAAAGAACAAAAUACAAACCAUUUAUCUUUUCCGACUUCUCUUUCUUAUGACAUAUCUCAUCGAAUCAAAGAGUGUAGAUGACAACGGACAAUCAGUGCUUCAAUAUUUUAUACAUCAAGCCUUAUAUCGAAAUAUUAUUAUCGAAAAUGAAUAUCCUCUGUUCAGCUAUUUGAUAACUCGAAUCGUAGAAGGCGAACAUAUUUAUACAUACUCAUUUCUCAGUGUUCCAGUUUUAUCAUGUAUUCGAGUACUGAUUGACAGUGGUGUAGAUGUCAAUGAAAUUGUGUCAAGUACAAAAUCAACACCAUUGCAUUUGAUUGCACAAUGCAGUAAUAUCGAUCAUGCCAGAUCUGUCAUCCGAUUACUUCUCGAGGCAAACGCUCACCUAGAUUAUGUCAAUAGGAACGGUUUAAAAGCAGAACAACUGGCGUGCGAUUGGGAAAUUAGAGAUUUGUUACGUAUCAAUCGAAAACUUUCUCUCAAAUGUCAAUGUGCUCAUCUGGUUAACUCACGAAACUUAAAUUAUAGUCAUUAUCUCUGUCCAAGACUUAUUAAAUUCGUUCAAAUGCAUACGAUAUAG